AUGAAUGCAACGAGACAGCUUGUGGAGAUAACCAUAGACACCUACCAAACUGGGCGAUAUCUGCCUCCCUCGUGUCUACCAAUUCGUCAUUGUUUCAAGUGGAGAAGUCUUUGGGUCAGAUCAUUUGUGAUGUGCUUCUACGGCGACUGCCGUCCGUACACGAUACCAAGUCGUAACGUGCCAUUAUUCGUCCCGGCCACGCCCGAGUUGAAGUUGAGUCUUUACACAAAGAGACCCCGACUCAAAGUUGUCCAACAUGAUCGACACAGCUCAUCUCAUCUUCCUCGCCAACGAGAACAACCGAACCAUGUUCCGAAAACAAGCUUCCCCAACCGCCGGAUCAAACCCCCGGUCUGCCUCCGCCCCCCGGAUUCCAAGCCUCCUCAUCGUGACGUCGAAGAAACUCGCGGGGUAAUCACCAGUACAUAUGUAACAGCAAACGCCGGAACCAAUGCCCAUUCGCGCGGACAAAAACCCCCCCAUGCACCUCUCCAAGCGCAGCAGCUAGACGAAGCUAAAGUGAGGAGUCCAGCCCGUCAAUGUAACCAACCUAUCCGCUCGCACGUUUCAUUUGCCGACUCGCGAGAUUUGGUGCAUUUGAGGCUAUUGCCGGGGAAUCGGUCGGUGGUAUUUCUUUUACCCAGGUCCUUAAAAUGCAGGUAUUACUUGGAUCUGAGGGUGUAG